UGUGGAGGAGGGAGGUGCCCGGAUGAGUCAAGUGAUGGUGGAUCUCCAAGGAAUCGACUCUCUGCUCGAGCUGCUGCACAUAUUCCGCGUGGAGCAGGACCGGGGCAACCGGGCGGCGUCCCCGCUGCUGCUGCUGUCCCUGCAGCUGCUGCGCCUGGCGUCCGCGCUCAACCGCUCCGCGCACCGCACGCUCUGCAACUGCGGCAGCCUCUCACUGCUCGUGCAGCUGCUGGGGAGACCGCCCCCCUCCAGUAUUCCCGAGGGAGAUCAGCUUGCCCUGGAAGAGCACUUGGGGGUGCAGCUGCUGGCGUUAGUGGUGAUCCGAGAAGCAUGCUUCACCUCUGCCACGUGUCUUGCCCGUCUGCACUCCCUGGCGCUCUUCCCCCGCAUCUCCCGCCUCCUCCAGUGGUCCGCGCACACCUUUGCCGCGCCCACCCUCCCCUCCUCCUCACAAAACUCUCUCAUGCCACCGCCGCCCCUCCCAGCCUCCUCCUUCCUAACGACUUCGGACUCCACUCUCACUGUUGACGUUCGGAGAAUAGGGUCUUUGAGACUUGCGCGGAAGAGGGGGAGGGCAGGAGGGGGCGGGGGCGGGGGGUAUGGGGGUGAUGGGGGGGGGAGAUGGCGACGGGUUUUCUGGGGAGGAUGGGGAGGACGAGGGGGAGGGGGAGAUGGUGUGGGGAGAGGAGCAGAAGUGGAUGGUUGCACGGGCGCUGGGGCAGGAGUUGAUCCGGGAAGUGAGAGUGCUGCGUGCGCGGCCGUCGGUUGGGGAUGCAGAGAUCUGGGCGUGGAACCUUGCUGUUUCGGCGGUGAGUGGGCUGCUGUGUACUCUGCUGCUGGAAGGGGAUGGGACAGAGCAGCUGAUAGCGGAGUGGGGGGGGGUGAACCUGUGGGGGAAGUAUGGCAGGAGGAAGAGGGGGAGGGGGAGGAGGGGGGGCUAGGGACGGCAUGGGGAACGGCCCGGGACUCCCAGAAGGGCAGUCAGUGGGGGAUUACUGGAGCAUGGGGAGACGAUACACAGUAGAAACCUUCCUAGACACGUUCCGGUUACCACACGAGGGCAAA